UCUUCCCACCUCUAACCGCUGACGUGUAUUAAGUAUCGGUGGACCAGGCGGUGAUUUUUGAGCGAUUGCAUUUUAUUUUCCUAUAGAAUUUAAGCGGCGUGUGGAAGCGCAACGACCAAAUAGGAAAAUGUUCAAGUUAGGUCUGAUCGUCCUCUGCGUAAUGGUCGCCUGUGGGCCGACGUGGAGCGCACGCACCGUGGACAGCCACUUGGGGCAGAAGGAUCUCACCCGCCUGCAAAAAGUGUUCGUGGACGGAUUCGGCUCCAGCGACCUGCAGUCCAUCUUCUUCUCCAGCCUCAACAUCCAACUAACCGACGCCACCCAGAAGGAGCCACUGUGCAAGAAGAUUGCCUCGCUGCAUGCAGAAUCCAAGCUGAACAGCUUCGAAAAGGACUACUACUACAUUGGCGCUAGCCGGAACCUGGGCUGCACCGCGAAAAUUGACGAGGGUCUCCUAUCCAAGGUGUACGGUUCCCUGACCACUGAGUUGGGCAGCUCCCAGGAAAUCUUCUACCGCGUGGUUACCCACAAAGUGCUCGGCGUGGAGAUCAAUGAAGCCGCUCAGGCAAAACUAGUAAAGCGUCUGCAGGAACUGCUCAAAAAGGAUGACACGCUCAGCGGUCUGGGCUACGCCUUCAAUGUUGCACCGCUUCUCGGGGCCGGUGCCUCCUUCAUCGCCAAUCGCGUUGAGGAUGCCAUCGUGCAGGCGGACGAAGUGGACGGCAAGCUACUGCAAUUCGAAGGUGGCCUUAGUAUCACUUCCCUGAUCAUUAAUGGUGCUUUCGGCGUAAGCAAGACCUUCAACAAACCCCUGCCAGUUACUGCUGAUCAGGCUGUCAAGUUUGCCAACUACUUCCUUAGCCGGCGCUCCGUCCAAACCGCCAAGGGAGCUCAUGUGCUGAUCGAGGCGCUAAAGACCAUAAGUGGAGCCGAUAAGAUUGCCCCUGUUUGCGUCCAGCUCAUUGGCAAUGGCCAGCUGGAGGCUAAGUCGCCCACGCUGAAUGUGGCUGUUGUUGACCUUCUCGGUAAGCCUUUGACUCCUUCCCCUAAAGCUGUCAGUGCCAAGGUGAUCCUGAAGAAGGACAGCUCUGUGCUGGCUGAGAAGAUCGCAGUGGCCUCGAAAUCCUCUGACAAGACCACCUACGUGGCUGAUUUGACCAGCUUGAAGCCAGGUCGUGGCAUCUACCAGGCGGAGUUAAAUGCUGAUGGAGUCUACACGCAGACCUUGCAGUUCAAGGUUCUCGGACGCGUCAAGGUUCAAUCUCUGGAGGUGGGCAUUGCCGAAUCUGAUGCCAGCGCAGCCACCCGCAAGCAGAGCGUGACGUAUCCAGGUAAACUUCAGGAGGUUCUCUCAGCGGACAGCACCCAGAAGUUGCUCCUGAAGGCCGCGCUGGUGGAGGAGUCCAACGGCAAGCCCUUGGCUGUUCAUCAGGCCUUUGUGCGUCUGCUUAACAAGAAAACCGACAAGGAGAUUAUCUUUGUGGCCGAACAAGAUAGCAGCAAGUCCUACAAGUUUGACAUGGAUGUGGGCAACAAUGGCAAGAACUUCAACUAUCAGAGCGGCACCUACAGCAUCUACUUGACCGUAGGCGAUGCCUCUCUGUCCAACUCCUUCGAGUGGCUGGUGGCUGAGGUCCAACUGAAAUUCAACGAGGAGAAGGAAGUAAAGCCAAAGACUACUUCGGGUCCACUGCCUGAGAUUGUCCAUCAGUUCCGUGUGCCUGACAAGCGCCCGCCUCGCAUUGUGUCGGACAUCUUCACCGGGCUAUGCAUCACCCCGCUGGUGCUGCUAUUCGUUUUUUGGGGAAAGCUUGGUAUCAAUGUGUCCAACCUGACGCUGGCGCCCAGCACGAUCGGAUUCCACCUCGGCUUCGGUGGCAUUCUGGUGCUGUUCUUCGUCUUCUGGCUGCAACUCAACAUGUUCCAAACACUGCGUUUGCUGAUCCCCAUCGCAGUAUUCACAUUCCUGGCCGGGAACCGAUUGCUGAGGCGUCUUUACGCACAACGUAACUCAAAGCCAAGUGCGUCGUAAGUCCGUUCAUCACAGUACGAAGUCAAUAAGUAAGCUACUCGCUAUCUUGCAACACCAUCAGAAAACAAACUUUAAUAAAGCGAUUUAGUUAAGCCCAAA